ACCUUUUCUCGUCUGCUUCAAAAUGGCUGACUUUUUCGUCUGCAUCGUGCAACAUCAAAUUUAUUUUUGAAGUUUUAGUUGAAAAUUGCCUUUUUUGUAAAUCAUGUUUUACAACAUUCAAAACUUAUAAAACUUGAUUGUUUUGCUCAAGUAAUAAUAGUUUAUGUGCUCCUGUAUCUUUAACUUUGAAUCUGAUUUUCAACCCUUCGCUAUCAAGGAGGGGAUGGACCAUCCCAAUCAAAAAUCGAUUUCUUCUCAUUCAUCUAACUUUAGACUUUCAGAUUUAAGAAAUAUUUCCAGUUAAAACUGUUUUAUUAUAAAAACAUUUGUUUCAACUUUUUAAGAAAACAAAUUUUUAAAAUGCCGGUCGUGUGUAGUGCCAAAUGUGGAAAGAACGCGGUCUUGAAGAGACCGAAAACAGGCGACGCCCUCUGCAAGGAGUGUUUCUUCUGGGCGUUUGAGACGGAGGUGCACAAAACCAUCGAGGGUGGGGGGCUGUUCAAGCCAGGGGAGGUGGUGGCAGUGGCUGCUUCGGGUGGCAAGGACUCCACUGUGCUCGCCUAUGUCCUCAAACUGCUAGAUCAGCGAUACAGCUACGGUCUCAAACUGGUGCUGUUGUCUAUCGAUGAGGGCAUAACUGGAUACAGAGAUGACAGCUUGGAAACAGUGAAACAGAAUAGGGAUGACUAUGAAAUGCCUCUCACCAUCCUGUCCUACAAGGAACUGUACGGAUGGACUAUGGACGAGAUUGUAGAGCAGAUUGGUCGCAAGAACAACUGCACAUUCUGCGGCGUAUUCAGACGCCAGGCACUGGACAGAGGUGCCUCUCUGUUGAAAGUGGACAAGGUAGCCACAGGUCACAAUGCGGACGACAUAGCCGAGACUGUUCUCAUGAAUGUGCUCAGGGGAGACAUUGCUAGGCUCAGGCGGUGCACGGCCAUUGCUACUGAAAGCGAAGGUUCGAUACCACGCGUGAAGCCACUCAAGUACACCUACGAGAAAGAGAUAGUGAUGUACGCCUACUUCAAGAAGCUAGUGUACUUUUCGACGGAGUGUGUGUUUGCACCCAAUGCCUAUCGCGGCUAUGCGCGCACCUUUCUCAAGGAUCUCGAAAAGAUACGGCCCUCUGUCAUCAUGGAUAUCAUACAUUCCGGCGAACGUCUGUCAGUACGUGACGACGUCCGUAUGCCGACCCGUAUCACGUGUGACCGCUGCGGUCUCGUGUCCAGUCAGGCCAUCUGCAAGGCCUGCACCCUACUGGAGGGCCUCAACAGAGGCCUGCCAAGACUGGGCAUCGGCAAGGAGAGCAAAACUAACCGGAUGCGCGCGCAGCUCGCAAGCGACAGCACGAAAAAGAGCGUUGGUGAUGAGUUUUAGUGCGCUGGGGGCAGCAUGAAACAGAGCGUCGUCGAGUUCUAUUGUAGGGAGAUUUUCUCAUUGAAGGCCUGUACCCGAUUAAUAUUGUCAAGUGCUGGCUUAUAAUGUGGAUCUCUGGCUAUACUAAAAUAGCUAGUCUCUUUUCUGUUUAGGACUACUUGUAAUAUAAAUAGAAAUACAAAUCUCAGUACCCUUUUUUGAAUUAUUUUAUCACAACAUGUUUCAAAAUUCAUGCCAUUUUCAAGAGAAUCACUUGAAAAUGGCAUGAAUGUUGAAACAUGUUGUGAUAAAAUAAUUCAAAAAAAAGGGUACUGAGAUUUGUAUUUCUAUUUAUAAA